AUGGCGGAUGAACAAAAAGGAUUCUCAGUUAAAGGUUGCGCCAAGGAAAUCAGUCGUCACGAUCACAAUCCAGAGCUGCAAUCUAUUCAAUUAAGGAGAAUCAAAUUUGUGUGGAAGAUUAGAGUUCCUUCUAAGGUGGGUAUAUUCGGUUGGAGGUUCGUUUUGGGUAGACUACCGACGAGAGAACAAUUGAAAAUUAGAGGGAUUAUAGUGGAUGAUAUAGAUUGUUGUUGCGUUUUCUGUUUUCAAGAAAUGGAAACCUCUUCUCCUCAUUUUGACAGUUGCCCAUUUACUAGAAGAAUUUGGAACAAAGUGGGACAAUGGAUAGGGGAUAACGUGAACUUGCAAAAUGAGGAUCUGAGGAAUUUCUUGGAUCAUUUUGAUAAGAUUAAGGCGGUAAAAGAACGAUUAACUGUGGGAGUAAUUUGGAUAGCGGUCAUGUGGAAUCUGUGGAUGAUAAGAAAUGCUAUUCUCUUCAAAGGUAGCAUUUUUAAUUUCGACGAGUGUUUCUCCGCUAUCGUCCUUAGUUCCUGA